CUUUGCAGGUCGCGCGUACGCAUUUGUCACGCAUUCUGUGUUGUUUAUCUGACUUGUGCGUAUCGCAUUUCCUCAAAAUUACCGAUUUUCCGCGCGAAAAUCACACAUUUCACGUGUAAUUCAUGUGUAAGCUUGUUGUAUUGUAGCACAGACGAGGCGAGAGACGCGUGAUGGCGAACGAAACAGUUUCGUAGCGAUAUCGUCGAGAGAAAAAAAUGCAAAAUUACCUGUCAUUUCACGUGCGUGUCUAAAUUAUCACCAAUUUCAUCGGGAUAUCUCCCAACCCGAGAGUGUAAAUUAGGUGAGAUUACAUCGUUGUUAAUCUCGGAAGGGUAAGGCGAGGUAUUUGACCCGGAAAAGCCUGGAAUCUCUGAGGAAUCUCGUAAAACAUUGAUAAUGAGUGAUUCAGAAGCAAAUAAAAUGCUUGAAUCCACUCCCAACAUUCCCCCAAUCAAUUUGGGCAAAGUGAAGGCAAAAAAUGCUCUCCUACAGACUUCAGGACCAUCACCAAUCAUGCCAAUCCAUUCCAGUACACUGAAUGACUCACUUCUAGCAAGUGUUGACUUGUGGAAUCUCAAAAUCACGCCGAAUGUAACACCGUCCACAUCGGCGACAACAUCACCCGCUGAAUUCUACAAAAACCACCAGGAAUCUCUGCAGAAAACGCCACUGAAACACACCGGUUUGAAGCUUGGAUCACCCGAGCGCAAUGGGAUUAUCUCAGGUAGAAAACCCACCGUUGCAAAAUGCGGCAUCACGCCGAAAAUUGAGCGUAGUUCGCCGGCCAAGAAGCGUCUUUUUGGCUUACAUAACAUCAACGGUGGGUCAGCAGGCAGGAGUCCGCUUGCUGCACACACAAAACAUGAUCCUGUGAAUUUCUUCAUGAAGAAACGCAAUGUACAACUGGUGGUCGAGCAGAUAUUCGGAGCUUUAAAUGAUAAAGAUUUGUAUAACUGUCGAAGGGUGAGUCGCACAUGGCGCGAAGCUGUGGAUAAAUUUCCAGUGUUAAAGCGUUCAGCGAUGGAAUUCUCAGCGAAGAUUAAGGCGAUGAAAGAGAAUCCCAACAAAUUGAAUGUUUUACUGAACAAAUCCGAGAGGGAUAAGAGUUCGACUGUUUUUACCUGUGAUAAAUUCAUUCAAUUGGGUCAAACUUUGAGUGAAAAUCAAAGUUUACGAAAAUGUCAGCGGUGUGAGAACCCACAAAUUGUCGAAUACAACAUUGGUCAGUGCCUUACCUGCGGAUACAUCUGCUGCUUCAAAUGCAACUCGUUCUCUCACGAUGGCCCGGAAGGUUUCGUCGAUAAAUGCAACAGCAGCGCCUUGGACCUCUCGAAGCAUAAAAAGCGUCGGACGCUUAUGGACAGCCCGCCACACUCGCAGUUUUCGUUUCUAUCAUCAUCAUCAUACAGUAACCAGAGCAAUCAAAGCAACGCUGACAAUUCUCACCUCUACGCGAAUAAUAACACAUCGAAAGAUUCUUGUUAUUGGUCCUAUGAAGAUGUGGCUAUGAAAUCGUCAUUGUGUCACACCCCGGACACUUCUUCGCCUUCGUUACGCAUCCACAACGGACAAAGAAGCAACAAGCGACAGUUGGAGCGCGUGCCAUUGCAGUUUGAUGAGCAUAGCAUCAAACGUGCAGCGAGGAAUUCAAAUCUUUACACGCCUGUGGUGCAAAUCCGUAAGUCUCCCGGACGGAAUGUUCUCGAGGAGUCACCGGAGAAAGAUUUCAGUAAAUACAAAGGGGCGGGUACUACAGAGAGCAAGAAGCGUCUGCGCCGUCUUUUGAGAUAAUUGCAUGUUAAUUGUUAGUUAAUUUCUUUUAAAUUUUUGAUUCUUCCAAGAAGAUCAUUCCAGUUUUUUGUAAUAUUUUACUGCUUUGACAUCACUUUAACGCGUACGAUUGUGUACGGACUCCAGUGCUUGUCGAAUGAAUGUCGGCUGAAUUGUUGUCAGCUGUUAGUGUACUGACUUGUUAGGGCAUUUCUUUCAUGUAUGUACAUUUAAUGCUGUUAGACAGUGCGUGGCCUUACCACAUGCUGCCUUUUAUAUGAUGUGAUUCUAUUUUCUACAAAUUAUACUGAUUUUCGAUA